UUUGUCCUGGUGUCUAGAGCGUAGAUGUGGAUCCAAGGCUUAACCGUGGCCCCAUAAGUGAUUCUUGCUCUUGGCUAAAGCCUUCAAAUAUAGAGUAAGCCACCCUGCGUGUAUGGACUCGAACCACAUUUUGAAGGCGCCGAACACUCUUUUGUGCCUUUCUGCUCAAUCGGUAUUUUAAUGGCAGAAUCUCAACUUCAGUUCUUUUUGUUUUGAUGGAAGACAGCCAUUAACUGGAGAGGAGCCUGGUAGAUCAUAGGAAAUGGCGUGGGACGUGUUGGAAGGAGCAGUCUUAGGGUUCCAUGGCAAUAGUUUUGGUUGUGGAGAUAACUGCCACAACAGCUGGGAUUUACACAGAGACAAUAUGCAACGAUCUAAAGCAUUACCGCAGAAUUUUUUCACCACUGUAUGCAAUCUCUUGUUUAUGCUAAUUUUCCUGGUCACCCUUAUUAUUUCUCAGAGAUGUCGUUCUCCUUGUAUGCAUUAUAAUAGAUCAGGUCUACAUAAAAUCACAAUUUUGCUCUCAUUCAUAAUUGGCCUAGCAAACAUAGGGGUCGGUUUAUGGAUGAUAAUGAUAUACCCAACAAACAGUAAACAAAAACCGGUUCUUUACUGUAUCCAGGGAUCGACAUGGAUUGUAUUAGCAAUUUCCUUAAAGCUUAAUCUCAAGAAACCACCAGCCUUAGUUGCCAUUACCUGGUGGAUCAUUGAAUUCAUUUUAGGAAUAGUAAUAAUGUUUAAAUCUACAUCAAAUAUCUUUGAAACUCACUCUUUCUCCCCAGAUAAAAUUCUAGACAUAACAACAUCUGUAACCUGCUAUCUUCUUUUCUACUGUAGUAUCAGAGUUAUUAUACACUGGACUUCGUCUAGCCCAGUGGCAUUGACUGAGCCCCUUAUCCAGGGAACUAAAUUAGAGGAAACCAAAGUCACCCCUCUCUAUAAAGCUAGCAUUUUUAGCCGCAUGACUUUCAGAUGGUUCAAUUCUUUACUGAAUCUAGGCUAUUCAAAACCAUUAGAGGUCGGGGAUAUUCCACAUUUAGUCCCUGAAGAUGAGGCAUCCACAGCUGAAAGAGUAUUUGAAGAAGCAUGGGAACAGCAGAGGAAACAGAGUCCACUAAACAGACCGACUGUUUUCAGAGCAUUAUCAAAAUGCUAUUGGAAGGAUAUGAUAGUCACAGGAGUCUUCGCGUUUCUGAGAUCAAUUGCAACGAUUUCAAGUCCCCUGUUUCUCCGGUCCUUUGUACAAUUUGCAGGUGGAAAACAGAGUUUCAGAUACGAAGGAUUCGCUCUAGUGGGUGGUUUGUUUGUAGUGAAGAUAGUUGAAUCCUUUUCUCAGAGGCAGUGGUACUUCAAUUCCAGACGAUCUGGUAUGCGAAUGCGUUCUGCAUUGAUGGCAGCUGUGUAUCAGAAGCAACUCCGGCUAUCAAACUUGGCAAGACGAAGGCAUGCCGCUGGUGAAAUUGUAAACUAUAUAGCUAUAGAUGCAUACCGGUUUGGAGAGUUUCCAUGGUGGUUACAUUGGGGUUGGACUGUUCCAUUUCAAAUAUUGGUUGCCAUUGGCAUACUUUUUGCUACAGUUGGAUUGGCAACCAUUCCAGGUUUGGUCAUCAUUGUUCUCACUAUAAUUCUUAACAACCCACUUGCAAAAUCUCUUCAGAAAUGUCAAUCUGAGUUCAUGGCUGCUCAAGACAAAAGGCUCAGAGCAACUUCUGAGAUCCUUAAUAGUAUGAAAAUAAUCAAAUUACAAGCUUGGGAAGAUGAAUUCAAGGGGUUGAUUGACAGUCUCCGAGCCUCUGAGUUCAAAUGGUUAUCAUCAUCUCAGAUCAAUAGGACAUAUGGCACCAUACUCUACUGGAUGUCACCAAUUAUUAUUUCAUCAAUAGUUUUUGCAGCCUGUGCUAUCGUAGGAAACCCACCGUUAACUGCAACAACAAUAUUUACAGUCCUUGCAACGUUCCGUAUCAUUCAAGAACCAGUGAGAAUGUUACCAGAUGUUUUGGCCAUAUUGAUUCAAGUUAAGGUUUCCUUAGAUCGUCUUGACAAAUUUUUACAAGAUGAAGAGUUGAAACCAGAUGCAUUUUUGAGGAAAUCAUUAGAUGCAUCACAAUGCGUGAUUAAAAUUCAUUCUGGUAUUCUCAGCUGGGAUCCAGAAUCUGCAAGUACAACAUUAAAAAGAAUCAAUCUGGAGAUUCAAAAUAGAGAAAAGGUAGCAGUUUGUGGAUCAGUAGGAUCAGGAAAAUCUGCUCUGUUGCAUACCAUUCUCGGAGAAAUCCCAAAAGUUUCAGGAGUGGUUGAAGUGUAUGGCAACAUUGCCUAUGUAGCUCAAACAGCUUGGAUUCAGAGUGGGACUGUCAGAGAAAACAUACUUUUUGGGAAACCAAUGAACAAAGAACGGUACGAAAAUGCAAUAAAAGCCUGUGCUUUGGACAAGGAUAUAGAAAAUUUCUCUCACGGAGACAUGACUGAGAUCGGGGAGAGAGGAUUGAAUAUGAGUGGAGGACAGAAGCAAAGGAUUCAGCUUGCUAGAGCAGUGUAUAAUGAUGCUGAUCUUUAUCUACUCGAUGACCCUUUCAGUGCACUGGAUGCCCAUACAGCUGCCACUCUAUUUAAUGAUUGUGUGAUGGGAGCGUUAGCUGAAAAAACUGUAGUUUUAGUCACCCAUCAAGUGGAAUUUCUUCCUGCUGUUGAUACGAUCCUCGUGAUGGAAGGUGGAGAAAUCAAGCAGGCAGGGAGCUAUCACCAAAUAUUAGCAGCAGGGGAAACAUUCGAGCAACUUGUAAAUGCCCAUAAGGAAGCCAUGGUUUCUACCAGUAAUGCUCCCAUGAAUAACCAGGCUUCUCCACUUGAAGCUGAGAUUGGAUCCCUACAACUUGCAAGGAUGCAGAAUUCAAGUGGGCUUGCUCUCGAAGAAACUGGAGGAGAUAUUACAUCAAAUAUGACACAGUUGACUGUGGAGGAAGAGAAGGAAAUGGGGGAUUCAGGAUUGGAACCAUAUUAUGCCUAUAUUCGCAUUGCAGGAGGAGCAUUUCUUUCUGUGCUGAUUGUCUUUUCACAAGGAGCCUUUGUCGUUGGCCAAGUAGCAUCCAACUAUUGGCUUGCAAAGGCGAUCUUGAAUCCAAAUAUUGACAGUGGUGUAUUAGUAGGUAUAUAUGCAGGCAUUUCACUACUAAGUGGAGCUUUUGUCUAUUUAAGAGCUCGACUUGUUGUGGUGUUGGGAUUGCGAGCUUCAAAGGCAUUUUUUAAUGGGAUGUUUACUUCAAUAUUCAAGGCACCCAUGGCCUUCUUUGAUACCACACCUGUGGGCCGAAUUCUUAUCAGGGCAUCAUCGGAUCUCAGUUUGAUUGAUUUGGAUCUAGCUUGGGGCUUCAGCUAUGUUUUAUCUUCGGGAGCAGAUUUAUUAGGAAUGCUAUUCAUUAUUUCUUUGGUCACCUGGCAAGUUCUGGUUGUUGCUGUUCCUGUGUUCUUUGUAACGAGAUGGAUCCAAAUGUAUUACCUCGCUUCUGCAAGAGAGCUAAUGAGAAUCAAUGGCACCACCAAAGCACCAGUAAUAAAUAACUCAACGGAAACAGCGCUAGGAGUAGUGACUAUCAGAGCAUUUAACAUGACAGAAAAGUUCAAAGAUAAAAACUUGAAUCUUAUUGACACAGAUGCAAGCCUCUAUUUCCACACCAGUGCCGCCACUGAAUGGCUUAUCUUACGGUUGGAAUCGCUUGGCAACAUAAUCCUCUUUACUUCAGCUCUUCUCCUGGUUUCACUGCCAGCAAACACCAUAUCCCCUGGAUUUGCGGGACUUGCACUCUCAUACGCACUCACCCUUACAUCCUACCAAGUAUUUUUUGUUCAAUGGCAAUGCAAUCUUGCCAACUUUGUGGUUUCUGUGGAGCGUAUAAAGCAAUAUAUGAAUCUGCCAUCAGAAGCAGCAGCAAUCAUUGAGAGCAACAGGCCUCCCAUGUCGUGGCCAAACCAAGGCAGAAUAGAAUUGGAUAACUUGAAGAUAAGAUACCGCCCAAAUUUUCCUCUGGUGCUCAAAGGCAUUAGCUGUACAUUCGAGGCGGGGAAACGAGUGGGAGUAGUGGGCCGCACAGGAAGCGGAAAAACCACUCUCAUCAGUGCUUUGUUUCGUCUGGUGGAACCAUCGGAAGGAAGAAUUCUGAUAGAUAAUGUGGACAUUUGCACAAUUGGCCUACAUGAUCUGCGAUCAAGGUUAAGCAUUAUUCCUCAAGACCCCACUCUUUUCAAGGGGACCAUACGAAGUAAUCUGGAUCCUCUCGGUUUGUAUUCUGACACUGAAAUUUGGAAGGCACUAGAGAAAUGCCAGAUGAGCAAGGCCAUUGAAAAUCUGCCAUACAAACUUGAUUCUUCAGUGAGUCAGGAAGGAGAAAACUGGAGUGCAGGACAAAGACAACUAUUGUGUUUGGGUCGUGUUCUCCUAAAGCGCAACCGCAUUUUGGUGCUGGAUGAGGCAACUGCCUCUAUUGAUUCUGCAACGGAUGCUAUCCUCCAAAAAGUUAUUAGACAGGAAUUUCAGAGCUGCACUGUGGUAACAGUUGCCCACAGGGUACCCACUGUUAUUGACAGUGAUAUGGUUCUGGCUCUCUCAGAUGGCAUGCUUGCAGAGUACGAUAAGCCAACAAUGCUUCUGGAAAACAAAUCGUCCUCGUUUGCAAAGCUUGUCGCGGAGUACUGGUCACAGUGCAGUCCCUCCGAUUCCAUGUGAUUUUAUACCAGACAAUCCUGCAUGAAAUGAAGUAAACUUGUCAUAAUUCAUAUUUUAACCUUCGACGGGAAGCUCGAAAUCCUCCAUAUGAGCCCGCUAAAGAUGUGGGAGCUCAAGACCACUUUGUAUAUUGCUCUUUUGUUUAUAAACAUUUUUAUGAGCAUAAUAUUUAU